GUUCAUAAAUUACUCUCACCGGAACUUCUCACAAAAUACCAAAAACAGAAAUGGAAGACGACGAUUUGGAAAGUAUUCGUGCCCGUCGGAUGGCAGAGAUGCAGGCCCAGUAUGGGGGUGGCGGCGGCGGAGGAGGUGGUGGUCCAUCCCAGGAGGAACAGAUGGAGAAGGCCAGACAGAUGGCCGAUAUGAAACACAGUAUCCUCAGCCAAGUGCUUGACCAGCCAGCCCGGGCCAGAUUAAAUACAAUAGCUGUUGCCAAACCUGAAAAGGCAAAAAUGGUUGAAAACAUGCUGAUACAGAUGGCAAAAUCAGGUCAGAUCCAAAACAAGAUUGGAGAGGAUCAGCUGAAAGGAUUACUUGAGAGGGUCAGUGAGCAGACACAGAAAAAGACCACAGUAAAGUUUAAACGAAGAGUACUUGAUGACUCGGAUGAAGACUGAAAGUUAAAACAGGAAGCAUAAAAGAUUUGUCUUUAGCCAAGUACAUUUAUUAUGUACAUGUUGUUUGGUGGCCAACGCCUGAGUUAGGAUGACUGAGUGGGUGUUUUAUUCUUUGUGUUGUACUCCGACAAGGAAGUUAUAUGACAUCAAAAAAAGUUUGAGUUCUUUAAACGUGGUCAUUGAUGCAAGGAGAUAAUGUCUAUUAUAAGGUAGUACAAACUUUGUGUUCACAGCUUUGUGCUAAUGACUGAUAUUCAGGUAUGAAACAUGAAACGAAUUACUUCCCAGUAGUAAUGGCUGGGUCUAUUUAUAGACAGAAGUGUGAUGAUGUGUACAUUAAUGUAUUUUAGAUAGAAACUGAUAAAGAUGUAUAUGCAUAAUUCACUAAAUUAAAAAAAAAAAUACAAUAAACUGAAUAUUUUGAGGGAGGCUUUAUUAAUGGUUAUUUUCUGUUUCCAUCUGAUGUCUUACAGCCUUGUAGUUGGAAGUCAAUAAUUUUGAAGAAUUAUUUUUACUUAUUUUGUCUUACUGAAGAAAUGAAAUAAAAACAAAUUUCAACACUCAGCUGGCUUAUGAUGACUAUAUUGUUAUAGUAUUAGGUAUGAAAUUUAGACCGAUAUUCAUAUUAAAUCAAUAUGUCAUAUAUAUAUAGUACACUCUUUGUAUGUAACAGUUCUAGAAUGGCAUAUAAUGCUCAUCAAUUAUGGAGAAGUUAUUUUCUACAAAACAGCACUGCCAACAUAUAUGUACAAGUACAUGUACAUGUACCUUACAGUAAAAAAUAGCACUGUGUGCACGUGGCCUUAUGUUAUUUGUAUGUUCAGAACAAUAUCAAACCUGUCAUAGUGUGUUUUCAGUUACCUAAUACUGAAAUGGUAUACUCUGUAUGUUUGUGUUAAAAGUUCCUGGUUUUAAAUUAUAUGUACUUAAUAAAACUCCGUGAUAAACUACA